AUGAUAAAUAAUGAAUUACCAAUAAAUGGAGAUAUUGGUGGUGGUGGUGUUGGUGUUGGUAGUAAUGGUAUUGAAAAAAAUAAAGAAAAUAAUCAAGAUAAAGUUAAAGAAUCAACAAUUAGCACUAGAAAAAAAAGAGAUUUAGUUCAAUGUUCAAAUUGUAGUAUUCAAUUACCAAUAUCAUCAUAUAAAACUCAUAUUAGUAAUUGCACACCAAUUUAUUCGAAACCAUCGAUUACAUUAUCAAUAAAUUCACCACCAAAACACCAAUCAUCAUCUUCAUUAAAAGAAGCCACAAAAAGACUUUCAUUAUCACCAAAAUCUCCAUCACAACAACCAUUAUCACCAAACUCAAUUAAAACUAGAAAAAUGACGGGAUCAAUACCAACUCCAUUAUUCAUUAUUAAUAAUAAUAAUAAUGAUAGUAACAAUACCACAAAUAGUAAUAAUACAAACAAUACACCAAAUUCUAAAAUUAAGAGAGGAAGAAUGUCAUCAUCAAAUGUAAUCCAACCAAAACCAACAGUAAAGAAAACACCAACAAAAUCACCAUCAUCAAAAUCACCUUCAAAAUCACCUUCAAAAUCACCAACAAAAUCAUCUUCAAAAUCACCAUCAAAAUCACCUUCAAAAUCACCAUCAAAAUCUGAAACAACAUCACCAAAAAAGAGAAAAUAUAUAGCACCAAAUAAUAGUUCACAAUCUACAACACCAACAUCAUCAACAUCAACUUCACCAACAUCAAAAUUAAAACAAACUCAAUAUAAGGGAUGGGCAAAAAAUACAAUUAGUGAAUGGAGAAUACCAGAAGCACCAGUAUUUUAUCCAACUAUUGAAGAAUUUAAAUCACCAUUAAGAUAUAUUGAAUCGAUUAGACCAAUAGCAGAGAAAUAUGGUAUUUGUAAGAUUGUACCACCAUUCAAGAGUGAUUCAAUUACAAAGAAUAUUGAUCCAAAGAAAUUUAAAUUUAAAACUAAAGUUCAAAAUAUACAUCAAUUGAAGAGACGUUGGAAUGGACCUAAUGAAUUGUUUGUAUCUGAUUUAUGUGAGUUUUUAGAUAAGAAAACCAAUACACCAUUGGAAUCAUUACCAAAAUAUGAUGGAAGGGAUUUAGAUUUCUAUACAUUGUUUUUAGAAGUCAAUAGAUGGGGUGGUUGUAAUGAGUGUACUCAUUCCUCCAAAUGGAAUGAAGUCAUAAAGGUAUUGAAAGUAACUGAUUUCUGUAGUAAACCAAUUCAAACCUUAAAGAAUUAUUAUCAUCGUUAUUUGGAUGAUUUCGAAUCUGAUAGUAGAAAGAAAUUCAUGAUAACUCAUAAAUUAACUUCAAAAGAUCAAAUUGAUAAUCAUUUAUUUGUAAAUGAAAUCAUUCAACAAUAUAAUCAAUAUAGUAAAUUUUAUAGUGAAUUUGAAAAAGAAGAAUCUUUAAAUAAUAUUAAAAAUAAUAAUAAUAAUAAUAAUAACAAUAGUGAUGAUGAAAGAGAUGAAGGUUCUGAUGAUAAUAAUAAUCAAAAUAAAAAUAUUAAUAGAAAUAUUGAAAGAGAAAUUAUUAUUGAAGAUUCAGAUGAUGAAAAAUUAAAUAAUAAUAAUAAUAAUGAUUAUGAUUAUGAUUAUGAAGAAUCUGAUGAAGAAUCUGAUGAUGACCCAACAAAAGGUGUGGUUUUAAGAAAAAAAGAAUUAAAGAAACCAAUAAUACAAAAUAAAACUAUAACUACUCCAAAGAAAAGAGGUAGAAAGAGAAAGGUUCAACAAGAAAUUAAAAAGGAGAUAGAAGAAGAGGAAGAGGAAGAAGAAGAACUUGUAGAAGAAGAAAAAGAAGAACACAUUGUAUAUAAUAAUAAUAAUAAUAAUAAUAAUAUUAAAGAAGAUAAUUUAAAUGAUUUAGAUGAUGAUUCAGAUGAUUCAGAUGAUUCAGAUGAUUCAAAACAAGAAUUUGGAUUUUAUGAAGGUAAUACAUAUUCUUUGGAGGAAUUUGAAAUAUUAGCUGCAAAUUUUUCAAAGAAAUGGUUUCCAGAUGGUAAUAAUGAUCCAAAUACGGUUGAAAAUGAAUUUUGGAGAAUUGUAGAGAAUGGUGAUGAAAAUGUUCAAGUUCAUUAUGGUAGUGAUUUAGAUGUUACAACACAUGGAAGUGGUUUCUCUAGAACUACAAAUACGCAACCAAAUGAACAUUGGAAUCUUAAUCAAAUGCCAAAGAUGGAGGAAUCAUUAUUCUCUCAUCUUACAGAGACAAUCGCUGGUGUAACCGAUCCAAUGAUGUAUGUUGGUAUGUUGUUUUCAUCAUUUUGUUGGCAUAAUGAGGAUAAUUAUCUCUAUUCUAUCAAUUAUCUUCACAAGGGUACCUAUAAGACUUGGUAUGGUGUGCCAGGCUCAUGUUCGGAUCAGUUUGAGAAAGUUAUGAAAAAUCUUGUGCCAGAGUUAUUCGAAAAACAGCCUAACCUUCUCUACCUUUUAAUUACAAUGAUUUCGCCAGAUGUAUUCAAGCGUCGUCAUGUUCCAAUCUAUAAAUGUUUACAAGGUCCUGGUGAAUAUGUAAUUACAUUCCCACAAGCGUAUCAUGCUGGUUUUAGUCAUGGUUUUACAAUUGCUGAAGCUGUUAAUUUUGCACCACCAGAUUGGAUUCCAUUUGGCAGUAGUUCCAUCGAAAGAUAUCAAGAGACUCAUCGUUCUUCAGUGUUUUCUCAUGAUCAACUACUCUAUACCAUUGCAAAUAGAUCACCAUCAUCUGAUCUUUCAGUUUGGUUAUCUAAAGAAUUUCAAAAAAUUAAAUCAAAAGAAAACUCAUUACGUAAUCAAUUAUUAAAACGUAAUCCAACUCUAAUCAUUGAAAAAUCUCAAAAAUCAACCCAAGAAAUCUUAAAUAAUGAACCACUUCAAUGUUUUGUUUGUAAAUAUGAUUGUUUUCUUUCUUUUAUUCAAUGUAGUGAACAUUCAAUUGAAAUUGAUGAUUUUAAUCAACAUCAAUGGUUAGAUAAUAGUAAUGAUAGUAUAGGUAGUAAUUUUAAUAAUAAUAAUAAUAAUAAUAAUAAUAAUAAUAAUAAUAAUAAUAAUAAUAAUAAUAAUAAUAAUAAUAAUAAUAAUAAUAAUAGUAAUAAUAAAACUAUUAAAAUUUGUUGUCUUUCUCAUUUUGAAGAUCUUUGUGAUUGUAAUAAAAAGAAAUUAAUUUCUAUAUUUUCAAUUGAAGAUUUAGAUAAAACAAUUUCAAGUGUAAAUAAAAUUCAACAUCAACAUCAACAACAACAACAACAACAACAACAACAACAACAACAACAACAACAACAACAACAACAACAACAACAACAACAACAACAACAACAACAACAACCAAUCCAACCAACAUCAACAUCAACAUCAAAUAGUAAUAAUAAUAAUAAUAUAAUACAACAACAACAACAACAACAAUCAACACCAUUAACAAUUAAACCAAUUUCAAAUGCUCCACUUUCACCAUCUUUACCAACUACAAGAAAUAUUCUUCAUAAACCUGUAUAUAAAUUUCCACACCCAUCUUCAAAUGAAAUUUCUCCAACUCCAUCACUUACUUUAAUUUUCUCAAAAAAUUUAAAAAAUUCAAGUUUAAUUAAAUUUAAAAUAAAUAAAUAA